ACAAACUUUCACUUGUUGAGUGGAAUUGGUCCUAUGGACCCUCCACGACAACUAAUGCUGCAACUAGUAGCAGGACUACAUCAACUAAUAACAGCAACCAAAUCAAUACAGAACCUGAAAUAACUGCUUAA